CCCCUCACUAAAAUGCCAAUCACACUGGCUCACGGCAUCAUUCGCUCGGUCGUGCUGCUCAUCUUUAUGAUCGUCUCACUUGUAGGCAACCUAGUGCUGGUCGUUGUGCUGCAGCGCAAGCCACAGAUUUCUCAAACCACCAACCAGUUCAUCUUUAACCUGCUGGUCACUGACCUGCUCCAGAGCGCUCUGGUGGGCCCCUGGGUGAUAGCCACCUCCCUGCCCUACUUCUGGCCAAUCAAUACCCACUUCUGCACCGCCCUGGUUAGCCUCGCCCACCUGUUUGCCUUUGCCAGUGUCAACAGCAUCAUUGUGGUGUCAAUUGAUCGUUACAUGUCCAUUAUGUAUCCUCUGUCCUACCCCAACAAGCUGACCAAUCGCCAGGGACAGAAGCUACUCUACGGCACCUGGAUCGUGGGCGUCAUCCAGAGCUCACCUCCACUCUGCGGCUGGGGGCACGCUGCCUUUGAUGAUCGCAAUGCUGUCUGUUUCAUGUUCUGGGAGGCAAGUCCGAGCUACACCUUUGUUAGUGUCAUGUUCUUCCUUGUCAUCCCCCUGGCCGUUAUGAUUUUCUGCUACACCGGGGUGUACGGCGCCGCCCGCCGCCAGCACGCUCUGAUGCAUGUCAAAGUUCGACGUCUGGAUGUGGGAAGCAGGGUAGAGGAGGAGGAAAAGGAAGAAGUGGAGGAGAACGAGGUCGAGCCGCACCAGGAUGCAGGUGAGGUCGAGGCCGAUGAGAUCAGUGAAGAAGAAGUCAAGGAAGAGGAGAAGAUGGAAGUGGAGGAGGGGGAGGAGGCAGAAGACAGCAAUGCUAACAUGGAGGGUGCAGAAGAUGGCGUGGAGAGCGAGAGCUUCUCCACAACAGCCCACAAAGGCAGCAGCGAAGAGGACCACUGCAACAUCUACUUGGGUGAAGAUGAUACAGAGUGUGGUGAUGACGAAGUGAUCUCAAUUGAGGCAGUGAAGACCCCGGAGAAUAUCCAGUGCGUCCAAGAUAGCAACGAGCCUCCUGUUCCCAGCUCCUGCCACUGCAAAGCUCUGAAAGUCAUCUUCGUGAUCAUUUUCUCCUACGUGCUGUGCGUGGGGCCCUACUGCUUUCUAGCGGUCCUGGCUUUGUGGGUGGAUGUCCAAACCAAGGUUCCUCAGUGGGUGAUCACCAUAAUAAUCUGGCUUUUCUUCCUCCAGUGCUGCAUCCAUCCCUACAUCUAUGGCUACAUGCACAAGUCCAUCCGGAAGGAGAUCCACAUUUUGCUGAGGGAGUACUUCCCCAAGAAAAGUCACACCUUCCAAGGUAACCACCCAAGUCUGGCUGCCACACGGGGUAGAACCACCGCCACAGGAGUUAGAACCACCGGCAAGCUGGCCCCUUCUCAAGAGCACACCACUGCUAUUUAA